GCAGGAUAAUGACAGAGGAGCAGCAGAGAGGGAAUUGAAAGAGGGGAGAGAGCGCCGGCUUCGAGGUGGGAAGACAGUUUGAUUCAGUGAGAAUUGGGAUUAAACUGGCUGCGUCCCCGCUCCAAAGUUCCCGCUGAAGGUGAUGAGCUCCACAGAUCGCUGAGUGGGAUCCUGAAAGAGCCGGGGGAAACUGCCACGCCACAGGAUCACGCCUCCCCUCAUUCCCUCCCCUCACACCCACCAUCACACACCGGUUCGCCGUGGCUCCGUUCUCGUCGCCGGACUUUAGCUUGCGGACCUGAACCCCACAGAUUGCCAAUGCUAACAAGGAACUGCCUGCUGCUGUUCCUGUGGAUUCUUGUCAACGAGGGUUCGGUCUCUUCUUUACACCCACCAUCGCCGCCACUGGGACGGGGCAGGACAGGGAGGGAGCACGCCAGGAGCUCGGUGGGCCCGAUGAGGAAUGGGGCAGCUGGAUUUCAGCGGGUCAAGAGGGGCUGGGUGUGGAACCAGUUCUUUGUGCUGGAGGAGUACAUGGGGUCAGAUCCGCAGUACGUGGGCAAGCUGCACACUGACCUCGAUCAGGGGGACAGUGCUGUGAAGUACACUCUCUCGGGGGAAGGGGCUGGCUCCAUUUUCACAAUUGACCAAACAACGGGGGACAUCCAUGCCUUAAGGAGUCUUGACAGGGAGGAGAAGCCUUACUAUACCCUGCGCGCCCAGGCCGUUGACAUCAACACCAAUCGGCCCCUGGAGCCCGAGUCUGAAUUUGUAAUCAAGGUCCAAGAUAUCAAUGACAAUGAGCCAAAGUUCCUGGAGGGACCCUACACAGCCAGCGUUCCUGAGAUGUCACCAGUAGGGACGUAUGUGACGCAGGUAACGGCCACGGAUGCAGAUGACCCCACCUACGGGAACAGUGCCCGAGUAGUAUAUAGCAUUCUCCAUGGACAGCCCUACUUCUCUGUUGACCCCAAAACAGGGGUUAUAAAGACAGCCUUGCCCAAUAUGGACAGAGAGGUGAAGGAACAGUACCAGGUGCUCAUCCAGGCCAAGGACAUGGGGGGCCAGCUGGGGGGGCUGGCCGGGACCACCACCGUCAACAUCAGCCUCAGCGACGUCAACGACAACCCGCCCCGGUUCUCCAAAAGUUUCUUUCACCUGAGAAUCCCCGAAUCUUCUGCAGUGGGCUCGGCUGUCGGCAAAAUCAAAGCCCACGACUUGGACAUCGGGAAAAACGCAGAAGUGGAGUACACCAUUGUGCCAGGCGACGGAGGUGCCAUGUUUGAUAUCACCACCAAUGAACACAACCAGGAGGGGAUCAUCGUUCUCAAACGGCCCCUGGACUAUGAAAGCAAGAAGGCUUACACCUUCAAGGUAGACGCUUCCAAUGUUCAUCUGGAUCCACGAUUUCAGAGCUUUGGGGCCUUCAAAGACACAGCAACAGUCAAGAUUAACGUGCUGGAUGUGGAUGAGCCCCCAGUGUUCAAUAAGCCCUCCUAUGUGAUGGAUGUGUAUGAGGACACGCCCGCGGGCACCAUCAUCGGAGCGGUGACGGCUCAGGAUUUAGAUGCCAGCAGCAGUCCCGUCAGGUAUUCCAUCGACUGGAAGAGCGACAUGGACAGCUACUUCGACAUCGAUCCGGUGGAGGGCACCAUUUCCACCAACGAGCUCCUGGACCGGGAGAGCAUCUCCCAGCACAACAUCUCGGUCGUCGCCACGAAGCUAAACAGUCCAGUUCUGACCAGCCGGGUGGCCGUCACCGUCCACGUGCUGGACAUCAACGAGUUCCCACCUGAGCUGGCCAGUCCUUACGAGACCUUUGUGUGUGAACACUCCAAAGUGGGACAGGUGAUUCAAACCUUCAGUGCUCAAGAUCAGGACCUGCCCAGUGCUGGACAGCAGUUCUCCUUCAGAUCGCCCAAAGACGAUUUCAAAAACAAGAAUUUCACCAUUCGUGACUUUGGAAAUAACACAGCUGGGAUCGUGACGAAGCGGGCCGGCUUCAGACGGCGUCUCCAGGAGAUCUACUUCCUCCCCGUGGUCAUCGACGACAACGGCUACCCGCCGAAGAGCAGCACGGGCACGCUGACCAUCCGCGUGUGCGGCUGCGAGUCGGACGGGUCGCUGCUCACCUGCAGCGCCGAAGCCAUCUUCCUGCCUGUGGGUCUCAGCACCGGAGCUCUGAUCGCUAUCCUCCUGUGCAUCGUCAUCCUUUUAGUUAUUGUGGUGCUCUACGUGGGCCUGAGACGGCAGAAGAAAAAGGAAACCCUCAUGUCAUCCAAAGAGGACGUCCGGGACAACGUGAUCCACUACGAUGACGAAGGAGGCGGCGAGGAGGACACGCACGCGUUCGACAUGGGGACGCUCCGAAACCCCAAGGUGGUCAAGGAGAACCUGUACCGCCGGGACGUGAAGCCCGAGAUGAAGCGAGGCCCCAGGCCGCCUGUUUCUCAGGACAGCGCGGACAUCCGGGACUUCAUCAACCAGCGCCUGACAGAACACGACACUGACAACUCAGCCCCGCCCUACGACUCCCUGGCGACGUACGCCUACGAAGGCGACGGCUCGGUGGCCGAGUCGCUCAGCUCCAUCGAGUCGGUUGCCAUAGACCUCGAGGAGGACUACGAUUACCUCAGUGACUGGGGCCCCCGCUUCAAGACUCUGGCAGGAAUAUUCGGGGAGCAGUCAGAAACUCAGUCGGACUCAACAACCAUGGAGAACACACAUUGAUGUUAUUCACAGACUCAACAAGCAAAAUAUGUAACAUCGCUCUUUCGGUUGGUUCGUUUUUUGUUGUUUUUUUUUCCGUGUUAUCUCAUUUCAUUUUUCACCAGCUCACUCGUUUUUCUAUUUGAUGCGGUACUUUAUCAUUCUCAG